AUUCUUGAAGUGGCUGACCUUUCCACGUCAAGUAAAGCUCAUUACCGAUGGGAGAAUGAGCCCAAUAUUAAGGAAAAUGAUAGUCACAGGUGUUUGUGGCCUCGUAAGCCUUGUACUGCGGCAGAAUUUGUAUCUUGAGCACCUCCGUGCUGACGAUUUAUAUAUCAAGCAGCGUGGUAAUGGUGAACCUACACUGAAAGUCUUGCUAUCCGGUGUCAGAAAAAAUUCGGGUACACCGAGAGUUGAAUCUAGCUGGCAUCCAACAAUCUGGACAUCCUUGUAUCAAGCUGUUGGUUGUCUUUGAGUGGCAAGUGGGCGUAUUGCUGAAAAAUCGUAUCUGAUGCCUAUUACUUAUUCGGUACUUCUGCUUGGAAGAACCGUUCCGAACUCCUGGAGAGGAAACAAAAGAUCAGGCAUCAUUUGUUAUGGACUGUAAUGAGAAGUGUUUACCUUUUUACCCCCACAACUACCCUUGUUCUUAAUUAGACCGGGCUGAGACGAAUUUCAGUGCAUGAACCAUAACUUCUUGGUGCACCAAA